AUGACCACCCUAUCAGGAGACACCUCCGUCGUCGGUAGCAUCAGUGACCUCGAUGGCUACACCAUUCGAAACUUCAACAACUUCUCCUCCAGUUCCAGUUUUGGCCCGGUACCCGAUGAAGACUUCGGGUUUGACCCGCCUCAAAUGAAGCCGACCCCUCUCAGCAAUUAUCAAGUCUACAGCCCACCCAAUGAUCUUAGCUUGAAUGACUGGCCUGAGUUCGGGCGUGAAGACGAUUUCAAGCCCUCCACGGACGCCACUCCGCUAAAUUUGGAUGUCUAUGAGAUUGACAAAUACCUCACAUUGACACUUCCUACUGGCACCUCGACCGUCUCAAAAUAUGGCCAGAUGACCCCUCCGAGAUCGAAUUCCACUGCCAGUACUGACUCUGCAUCUGACGGGAAACCGUCUUCCAAGUCGAGGGUACCCGAGCGCCGCAAGCGUACCAAAGUGGCGUCGAAGGAUCCAGAGCCGGCCACAUCUACUUCGACCACGACACCAGCCACCAACAGCAGCAGCAUAGCUGGGCGCAAACGCAAAGCCUCUCGCAAAGCCUCGAUCUCUAUUAGUGACAUGGGCGAUUCUGCAGAAGAGCAGAAGAGACGGCAGUCACUGGAGAAGAACCGGCUGGCUGCCGCAAAGUGUCGCAUCAACAAGAAGGAGAAGACGGACAAGCUACAGCGAGACUCACAUGAAAAGGCCGUUCAGAACGCUUAUCUCAAAGACCAGGUGAUGCGGAUGAAGGACGAGAUCCAGCAGAUGAAUGCCAUCCUCCUUGCCCAUGCCAGUUGCGAAGGCUGCAAAGCUCCCGAGGAAAUUCAAGCCCAUCUCAGUCACAUUGGGAACGACUUUUUCAACCAACAUCUGACAAUGUCCAGUCAGGGCUUUGGCGACUACCCCCCACUGGACUUCGCUGAGCUUUCUACCAUGCCGGACAACUUUUUAUCAAGCCCGAGCCAAGACCAUGGCCUGAACCCGCCUUUGCCAGACUUCGAUCGCUCCGCUGAAUUUGAAGUACAUACUCCCCUGCAGGCCGAUUGA